CGCAUCCCAAUGAUUUUUAGGCUCUGUAAUAUCAUUCUCAAAAAUCCCUGAUAUUGAUGAUGUGUAACGUCGUCGGGAAUAGCAUCCCGGGCUUGACGCACGUGGGUUCGGCGUUCGCUUCCCCGGCAGCGGGGGCGGCGCGGGGGCGGAAGCUACCCAGGAAACUCCUUGAUGUGCAGUGGAGGCCGAGAACGACUCGGCUCUUGGAGGCCAGGGAUGAGAUCAUCAAGGGAGGACGGCUGUAG